AUUUAUUUUGAUUAUUGAUAAAAUUGCUAGCACUAAUGAGAUAAUCGUAACAUGCACGACGUAUACUUCCUGCAGUAUAUAUAAAGCUAAGGAAAAAAUAGUUAUUGUUAAUAAUAACGUUUUUUGCAUUGAGUUAACAUGUGGUUACCGAUUCUUUUGGUGUUCCUCUUGACGUGCCAAAUUUCUACCUCGAUUGGCCUUUAUAAUGAAGAAAAUACUGGAUUCCGAGGAGAUUUAACACAUGCUAAAUUCGGUGAAAGAAUGCGAGAAUGGUUUCGAACUCUAAGGGAUCGUUUGUUAGGAAGGAAAUCUGAAUCUAAUGAUCCAGAAGAUGGAGGAAUAAUGAAUCUCGACAAAGCUGAGCUACAAGAUCGCGUUCGUAACUCUGGUGGAUUCUUUGUAGAUUUGUCUAAAGUAACGUUUGAUCCGAAAUACGAUAUCGGAUUCCGUAUUGGUCGUUGGUACUUCAUUCGAAUGGGAGACAUGAUCGAUAAUGAAUUUGUUUAUAAUGAUUCAACGGGUUGGGAUAUGUCUUCUUCCUUCGUACCUGAUCAAUCAACGUAUCAAUUAUCUGGCGAUGAUUGGUCAAAUUAUAAUUAUAAAAAUAUAUUCAAAACCACGUUGUCCCCACCAACCACGAAAACUGCAUUUUCGACGGAGCAAACCACAAUGGAAAGUGAUGCAAUCGAAAGUAGUAUUACCGAAGCAUCUGUGGUAUUACUGGAAGACAAUGAAACUGAAUCAACAGGCAAUUCAGUUUCUGUUGAAGUUAUAUUCCCUUAAUAAAAUAAUCGUAAAUCUAUAA